UUGGUGAGGUUUUUUUUUUUGCGCCAUGGGAAAAGCGACGCUAGAGAUGACGGAACUGGCUAGCACUCGUGACGGGGUCGACAUGGCUGUCGUUGGACAGCGACAAUCAACACCGCAGGUUGCCAGCGGUCUCAUCGACUGGGACAAGGGCCUGGUGGGAUGGGAGUCUCAUACAGACCCCGCCAAUCCACUAAACUUUCCAAAAUGGUCGAGAAGGCUCAAUUUGAUCUUUAUGGGCGCGAUUUCGACCUUGGCCCCGUUAGGAUCCUCCAUGGUAGCACCCGCUAUCAGCCAAACGAUGAAGGACUUCGACGUGGCCAAUCAAGUCAUCGGAUCCUUUAGCGUGACAAUAUGGCUGCUGGGUUUUACCCUGGGCCCGUUGUUUCUUGGUCCUCUGUCUGAAAUGUUUGGCCGGUAUCCGGUCAUGGUCGGCGCGUCGUGGUUCAUGGUGGCGUGGCUCCUAGGCGCUGCUCUCGCACCUUCCAUGGCCAGUCUGAUAGUGAUGAGACUCUUUGCUGGGAUAGGCGGAAGUGCGGCCAUGACCAUUGCGCCGGCUGUCUGCGCAGACAUGUAUCCAAUUGAGAGGCGAGCGCGCAGUACAGCUACCAUCACUAUGGCCCAAUGCCUCGGGCCCACCCUCGGGCCUCUGAUCGGCUCGUACGUUGGGGAGCGUCUCGGUUGGAGGUGGAACUACUGGUUGCUCUUGAUAUGCUCCGGCGCAACGUCGUUCUUUAUGACCAUCUUCUUCAGGGAAAGCUACGCGCCGGUUUUGCUGAGGCGGAAAGCGCAGAGGCUGCGCAAGGAACUGGGGAGAGACGACUUGCGUCCGCUGCUUAGCAAAGAUAUCUCCCGCAAAGAAAUGCUUGCGCAAGCGAUCAUGAGACCCACGAAAAUGUUGACGAAAUCUCCCAUCGUUUCCUUGAUUUGCUUGUACGUGGCAGUAGUCUACGGAUGUUUGUAUCUGUGGUUUACCACCAUUCCAAUGGUGUAUGAGCACGCAUACGGAUGGUCACCGCAAGACACGGGCCUGGCAUACAUUGGCAUCGGCAUUGGCAUGGUCAUAAGUCUUACAUUCAUCAUGAAAACCAACGACGCGACCGUCGUACGUCUCACGAAGCGCAACAAUGGAGUGUACGAACCCGAGUUCCGCCUCCCCGCUGCUAUUUACCUCGCUGGUCUAGUCCCAGUAAGUCUUUUCUGGUAUGGUUGGUCCGUACAACGACAGUCACAUUGGAUCGUCCCAAUAAUUGGAAGCACCUUCUUUGGCUUUGGUAUGCUGGGCAUCUUCGUUCCCACUCAACAAUACUUGGUCGAUGCGUUCCAAAUCUACUCAGCAUCCGCAGUGGCCGCGGUCAGAACGGCGAUAUCUAUCGCCGGCACAACCUUGCCACUUGCCGGUCCACCGUUGUAUGAAAGACUCGAUCUGGGAAUGGGUAACACUGUUCUUGGGAUCAUCACACUAGUUCUUACGCCGAUACCGUGGCUUUUUAUGAGGUAUGGUAAAGCUGUCAGAGAAAAGUGGCCUAUUUCACUCUGAGAUCUCGGCCGCCUGUUCUUACUCAAGCAGUUGACCUUGAUUCGGGUUCCGAUUGCGAAAUGCAGCAAGACGACCAAAAGAAAAGUCUUUUACAUAAAGCAAGACGUGAUAAGUUAAGAUUGGUCGUGCUUCCUGACUCUCACCCUAACAUCCAAGCUGCUCUCGAUUUCGAGCACGCUGCGGUCCUCAAUGCAGCUCUCAAAGCCAAGCUGGUCGAAUCCUGGCACAAGCUCCAUAUCAUAGCGUUCCACCAGCCUCGCGACCGUCCACCGCAUCUCCGCCAUCGCGAAGUUGCGCCCAACACAAUGGUAGGGCCCUUGUAUGAAUGGGAUGUUCGCCUUGGGAUUAAAAGCCUCGUGUGAGCCCCGUCGGGCGGAGAUCCAACGCUCUGGACAGAACUGCUCCGGGUUGCUGAAGUUUGCCGGCGAUCGUGCGAUGGUGUACAGAGCGGUGCGUACGUGAGUGCCUCCGGGUAUGAAGACGUCAGAGAACGUGACCCCAUCCUGCGGAACGAUCCUCUGGUUCUGGUAGGGUAUCGGAGGCUCCAGGCGCAUUGCCUCGUUGAUGUAGGCGUCAAGAACCGCAAAUCUCUGGACGGUAUCGUACUGCAACUCGUUGUCCGGCGACGAUGCAGCCAAUCUGUCAAGCUCGGACUGAAGUUGCUUGUAGUAAGGCGGUUGCCGCAGCAAGUGAUAGAACAAAUAUGUGAUCGCUGACACCGUCGUGUCGGCCCCACCUCUGCAAAUCAAAGUCAGUC